GAAAUGGCUGUAAAUAUUAUAAUAAUGUGAUUGUUUACACCGACCCAGUUAAGUUAAUUUUUGUUUCUGUUGUCUCUUAAAUUGUGAUCUUACGUAAUAAAAAUAACUAGACGUUUCAUUUUACUGGAUUUAAUUUAAACUUUUGUUUUUCCUUACCUAUCAUCCACUGUAAUGAAUUCCGUGUCAAUGAGGAAAAAAUCAUUGGUCGAAGCCAAUGUAACAAGAUUCAAAUGGACCCCACAAAUAGAAAAAUAUUUUUUAUUUCAUAUGAUUAAUCUUAAACCAUUUGGUACGUGCUAUUAAUGUUUAUUUAUAUUGUAUAUUUUAUAAUAAGGGAUUUAUGACUUAUGUAAUGGUACGUUCAAAAAGUCUAAAUGUUACUUUUUAAUACUUAUCUGUUUAUGGUUUCAACAUUUUAAAUUAGAUGGGUACCUAUUGUAAAAUUUGCUUCUAAAAUGUCCAGAAUUCACUAAUUGCUGAAAUAGCUAUAGGUCAGUUAUUAUUUUGAAUGUCUAAAUAAUAUCAAAUUCCAUAAAUGAUAAUACCAGAAAGUCGAUGAUAAUCUGCGGAGACAUACAGAAUCCUCAGUUUCACUAUUGAUUGCCUACCUUACUAUUAUUAUUUUUGUUACCAUUUGAUCCAUGUUAGAGCACAUGCUAAUUAUCCAUGGUGAUGAUCAACUUUUAACAUAAUAUUAUCAUUUUAUUUUAUAAUUAUAAAUUAUAAUUUAUAAUUUAUAAAUUUGUAAAAUUUCUUUAAAAAAAUUGUGUACAAAUUUACUGUUAUUAUACUGGGAAAUUAAAUCUAGAUUACCUAUUUAUAAAAAUAAAUAUUCUGUAUAUAUCAUUUAUUUUAUUACAUUUAUUGUGUUGUAUAUGAAUACCUACCUACAAUUGUUUUUGUUUAUUAUUUAAGAAUUAUCAAUUGUACAAAGUUUAGUAGAAAUUAAAUAUUAUUAAUGUGUUUGUAAUAAUUUAUAGUUUUAGAAAUAAAUAAUAAUAUUCGAUCUUUGUGGAAGUUUAAGUAUAGUCCAUCAUCAACAAAUACUAUGAGUUAUUGGUUUUAUUUGAUUUUUGAUUAUUACUAUCUAAUAGUAUCAAUCAAUGAACAACAAUAAUAAUAAAGGGCAAAGGUAGGUAACCAAUACUGAAACUGAGGACAUUUUUAAAAUCGCCAAUUAAUUAUCAACUUUCCAAUAGGUAUUUUUUAUAGUAUUUGAUAAUAUAUUCAGUAAAAUUCACUUUCAUUUUAUAGUAUAAAAAAAAUAAUAUCUUUACACCUAUCUGUUAUAAUUGGUUUUGGAAGUUAAUGUAUUUAUAAUUAUGAAAAUAUGCUCUUAAAACACUAAAAAUAUCUGUAUUUAAUAAAAAUAAAGUACUUAUAUUUCUAGUUUUGGGGCACCCUUACUUUUAUCUAAUAUACUUAUUUUCACUGAAUGCAAACAAAAAUUGACGCAGACCAUUAAUUUCAAAGUCUGAAGUUUUUGAUUUUGAUUAUAUAGCAUAAAUUAGUUUGCAAAUACAGUGAUAUGAUUCUUAACGUGGCACAUGGGAUACUUGUUCAAACAUAGUACAACUAAAGUCAAUAUAAUUAUUGCACCUUAUAUUUAAUAUUUAUGUUGUCAAUUGUCAUUAAAUAUUUUAAGACGUUUUUUAUAUGUUUAUAUAGGUAACAUAUUUUUAAUUUAAUGAAACAAAGAAUAUUCUGUUACAUCAUUAUCGUAACUUCAAAUCAAUUUUUUUAUAUAAAAUAGUUCGAGUGAGCAAGUUACUCUGUUGGUUUUCUAGAUGCACAUUAAAAAUACAUUUAACUUCAAAUUGCGAAAACCUCUAAUAUAAUAGUUUCAGAAAAAUUCUGAUUACACAGUUAUCUAUAUUCUAUAGAAUUAUAAAUUCUGUGUUUUAAACAAAAAAUAAAUGAAAAUUGUCUUUAAAUUAUAUUAAUAUAACUUCUAAAAAAAAAAACAGCCGAUUCUGGGGACUAAUGCGGAUACUGUUGUAAGUGGAUAUUUGGGAAGGGGGGAUACAUAAAGUUAUUUAAUUUAUAUCUAUAACUAAUAAUAAACCAUUAUUUAUGAAAAACCAUUCCGAACAAAGUUUGGUUACCUAUACAUGUUUUGAAAGGCCGUAAUAUUUAAGAUUUUUGUUAAAUUUUGAUUUUAAAACUUAUAAAAAAAAAAAAUUAUAAUAAUGAAAUUAUAAAAAUCACCCCUUUCACAGAAUGCUGCGUAAUGCAAAUAGUUCUAAUAUUGAUACUGCUCUAGUUUGAUUUUAAGGCCUCACUUAUCAAUUUUUUAAAUUUUAAGUCUAUAUAACUUGAUUAUAUUUGUAAAUAUUCUUAAAUACUUUUUUUUUAUCUAUACUGUUCCUUAUGUAUAUUGUCAUUAGGCAUAAUUUCCAAAAAUAAAUAAAUGUAUAAAAUCAUUAGUUUGAAAGGCUAUCCAUUGCUUCUUCUCCUAACACAAUUUCUGACAGUUAUUGUAAAUUAUAAACUUUUGAAACCAAAAUAAAUGCAAUAUGCAGUAAAUAACCAUUUUAUUUUAAAAUAUGUAACUAAUAUUCAAAAAUAAAAAUAAAAUAACAUUUUUAAAUUAAUUAGAUACAAUUCCAACUUCUGUCUGAUCUUUUAGGUACCCAGUAAAAACAUACAAAUGAAUGAACUUUUAAUAUGGUUGAUAUGCCUAAAUUGAUACUAUAUUUUACAUUGAUUUCAUGAAUCAAUUUUUAUUUUAACUAAUUAAUUAAUUUUGUUUGUUUUAGGAAUUAAGAAAUUUAUAAACGUACUUAUCAUACAAGAUAAUAUCAGAGAACAACUUAAAAUUAGCAUACCAUUUAAGUGCAUCUUCGAAUAUUUGAACUCUAGAUGGAAUAUAGAAGCUGCUGUAAAUGAUAAAUUUUAUAGAUUUCUUUCUAUUUUAUUUUAUGAAUAAUUUACAUAAGUAUCUAAUUAAUUUUUAAAGUAAAGCAGAGCAUAUAGAGUAUUAGUUGAAGAAACAGGAAGGGGCAGCUAAUGAUAAUAAGUGGUGAUGUUGUAUACCAUGUUCAUAGUUUUAAGUACCUAGGAUCUUUUGCAUUAAAGAACUGUUUUUUUGGUAAGGAGGGGAAACAUAAUGUUACAUAAUUGUGGUUGUAUAAAGUGGAGAAAAACAUCAGGUGUUUUAUGUGACAAGAUAAUUCCAAUAAGACAAAGUUAAGUUCUAUAAGAGUGUAAAGAAAAGAUUUAUGUUGUAUGAUUCAGAGUGUUAGGCAGUAGACAAAUAAAUAAAACGGAGAAUGAGUGUAGUGGAAAUAAGAAUAUUUAGGUGGAGAAAUAAAGUGACGAGAGAAAAUAGGAUAAGUAAUGAAAACAUAGAGGUAAAAGGCAGUAGAAAAAAAAUUAGAGAAAAUAAGACUGAGAUGGUUUGGACAUGUCAUGAAGAGAGAUGAUUCAGAAUCGUACUAAUAAUUGCAAUGUAAAUAAAUGUAGACAGAAAGAGGGGAAUAUGAAGACCAAAAAAGAGGUGGUUCAAUGUGAUUAAGAAUGGGGACAGUGGAUGUAUGAGAGAAGGAAUUGGGGAAGUAGAAAUUUAAGAUGAGUGACUAACUCCAAAUAGUUGAGAUAGUGAAGGCUAAAGAAGAAAAAAUUUACUAUUGUUUUUUACAUUACAGGAUUCUAAGGAAAUGUCAAAUGUUAAAACAAGUAAAAAAUUAUUUGAAUUACCAAAACAAUACAAACCAUUAAUUAAAGAACGAUUGAAUAAAAUUAAAAAAAAAAAGGUGAAAUAUGGUAAGUAAAUUGGACAGCCUUAGGAUAUUGAUUAUUAUUAUUAUUAUUAGCAUAAAUAUUUAAUUUAAUAUUAUUCAAGGUGUAAAUGAUAGAACCAAUAAAAUUAAGUUACACCGUGGUCCAAGCAAAACAAGGAUUAAAUCUGUUUCUUCAGUAUAUUCAAAAAAUAGCUUUAAGGGGACUGGUACUUCUUCAACUAAAGUAAGUAAGAUAGAACAUGAAGAAAUUCCAAACAUAAGAAGAUCAUUGCGUACAUUUGACAAAUCUGAGGAAAAAGAACUACAAGGUCCAACUAAAAAGACAAAAAAAUUAACACGAAAGAAUAAUAAAACUGCAAUAAAAAAGAAAGCAUCAGAAAAAAAAAAAAAAAACAUUCAAAAUCAGAACAAGGGUUUGGGGAAAAAAAAUGCAGUUUCAAUUGUAAAAAGAAAAAACCGUAAUAUAUCUGAAUCUAGUUUCAGCUCUGAUAAUAGCAAACAGUAUAGAUAUUUAAAAAACAAUAGAACUGAUUUAAAUAUUUCGGAUUCCUCAUCUAGAUCAGUAACUCCGGAAAUUACAAGACGUAAAACCUCAAACCGAUCUGUUACACCUGAAACAAACAGUAGAAAAACGAACUUGCGCUCUGGUGACAAAGGUCUGAAAUCAAAACUCAAAAAAAGAAGUUCACAAUUUAGUAAUAUUCAAGGUGAACGUUAUAAAUCAGAAAUGUUGGAAAAGCCUGUAAUGGAGUUAAAAUCUAAAAAUUUAGUACAAAAUAAAAAUGAUUUGAAACAAGGUAAAAAUAAGACUCGUGGUCGAUUGACAGCUGACUUAAUGGUUGCUCAGCAAUCUCCAGCUAUAAAACCAUUAGGUAGACGUUCUUGUUGCUAUAAUAAAAAUGCAUAAAAUAUAAAAUAAUUGGACAAUAGAAUAUGAAUAACAAGUAUAAUUUAUAUAAUAAUUUUGUUUAUGAAAAUUUAAAUUCUUCAUUCGUUGAAAAUAAAUUUAUUUCAAUAUCAGUGCAGUAGUUUAUAUAAAAUGCUAAGCAUGAUUAUUUUAUUUUACUCCUUUAAAUUAUAUUCAUUAUGUUAAAUACGUUUACUAGUAAAAUCAUAAUUUUCAAAAUUAAUUCGAAACCCUUUUUAGAAUGUUAAUUUAAAAAAUAAUUAUUGUAGAAUAUUAAGACAAUUUAUAUUAAUAUAUGUAUAAGUUGAACUAAACUGUGGCAAUUUGACUAAAAGUUGAUAAACACACAUUUGUUAAUAAACUAUUUGAUUUAGCUAAAUAAAAUAUGUCAUACUAAGUUUUAAGAUCUCUAUUACUAUUUAUAACAUGUCACAAAACCUUUAAUACUAAAAUAUAUUUAAAAUUAUUUUUAUUCUGUUAUAUAAGGUACAAUUGAAACACUAACCCCUCUAUUGGUUUUUCAUUAUAACUAGUUCUUGACACCUAAGAAAGUUAAUUUAAAAAAUAUAUCACACUAUAUAAAAAUUGUGUAUUUUUUGUAAAAUUAUUCAACUAUUAUAAUAUAAUGGUAAACAAUUAAUGUAUGUUUUUAUCUGUUAAUACAUUAAUAUCAGUUUUUGAUUUUAAUUCUCUCAUUAUAUAAGGUAUUUUUUCAUAAUCCAGAAGUCCAUCCCAGACUUCUAAGGAUAUCUGCAAUAAUACUAAUCCUGUAGCUUCUAUCAUCUUGUUAGUCAACAUAAAUGUACCUCUUAAACAAUUCAAGUUGAUGACAUAGUUAUUGGGUUUGUUCACCAUUAUGCCAAUUCUACAUAAACAAAAAUAUGAACAAAUUAUAGUCGUAAUAAUUAUAGCAAAUAGUAACAUACACUAAAUAGUUUUUGUAGGAUUGUAUGAUGUUUUCCAAUAAUAAUUUUGAUUUAUCAUCAUUUUGAAUGGCAACAGGAUAUCCUCCAGGUCUCAUUACUAAUAUAUGAUCUAAAAUUAAAUAUAUUUAAUCUUGUUAAAUUAUGGUGAAAUAAUACAUUUUAUUAAAAGAUCAUGCUGAUUGUCAACAUUAUAAAAUAAUUCAACAAACCAAUAAAGUGUCCUAAUUUGCUUCUGACUCCUGAUAACACGUAAUCACUACCACCUAAACCAUGUUCUAAAGCAGUUUUUAAUGGGAAAUUUCUGAAACUUUUUUGAUAGAUAUCAGUAGCUUUUUUUAAGACAUCUGGAGGUGGUAAUGGUCCAUCAUAACCUCCAGGAAAUAAAGUUACAGCUGCCUGGUAGAGUUUAAGUAACAUUAUAUAAUCAUGUAUAUUGUCACCUAAAUAUGAAAGUAUUAUUAUCAGUAUAGUUUUUCAUAGAUUAUGCAUUAUCAUUAUUUUGUAUAGAUAAUAAUAUACAUUAUUACUUCGGUUUAAGAAUCCAUUAAGAAAAGAUCUAGAAAAUACAUGUUCCAAUAGCUUUUGUGACCAACAAUCCAAAACAGCUAAGUCAAAAGUUAAUAAUAGCCAUGGUAAUUUUAAGAUAUCCU